AUGGCCGCCGACGAAUUGAUGCCGUCUCACAGGCCGCACAGAGCUCGAAAAUCAGGUCCUUCUUCCAUGAAAAAGAAAUCUGAAACCGAUCACAAGAACAAGAAGCAAAACCCUAAUGCGUAUACUUUUAACUCAGCUGUGAGGGCGAAGCAAUCGCAGGCUCGCUCCGUGGAGAAGGAGCAGCAGCGACUUCAUCUUCCGACAAUCGAUCGUACUUACGGAGAACCUCCUCCUUAUCUCGUGGUGGUUCAAGGCCCACCAGGAGUCGGAAAAUCCCUAGUGAUCAAGUCCCUUGUAAAGCACGUCACCCAUCAAAACCUACCCGAUGUUCGAGGACCGAUAACGAUUGUAGCAGGAAAAGACAGACGGAUACAGAUCGUGGAAUGUCCAAACGAUAUCAACGCGAUGGUGGAUUUAGCCAAAGUCGCUGACCUAGCUUUACUUGUCGUUGACGGAAGCUACGGUUUCGAGAUGGAAACGUUUGAGUUCCUCAACAUCAUGCAAGUUCAUGGCUUCCCUAGAGUUAUGGGAGUGCUCACUCACUUGGAUAAGUUUAAAGACGUGAAGAAGCUGAGAUCAUCGCAUCCUUAUCUGUUGGCUGAUCGUUUGGAAGAUGUUACGCCUCCGGAGAGAGUUGAGAAGGAUAAGAAAUGCGAUAGGAACAUCACGUUGUAUGGUUACUUGCGUGGGUGUAACUUGAAGAAAGGGACGAAGGUUCAUGUUGCUGGAGUUGGUGAUUACGGUUUAGCUGGUGUUUCUGUUUUGUCUGAUCCAUGUCCUUUACCUUCAUCUUCUGACAAGAAGAAGAAAGGGUUGAGGGAAAAAGACAAACUUUUCUAUGCUCCCAUGUCCGGGAUUGGAGAUCUUUUGUAUGAUAAAGAUGCGGUUUAUGUCGAGAUUGAUGAUCGGUUUGCUCAGUUUUCUGGAAGUAGUGAUCAGAAAGGAAAGGGCAGAGAUGUUGGUGUUGAUUUGGUGAAGUCCUUGCAGAACACGAAACACUCUCUUGAUGAGAAAUUGGACAAGACUUUUGUUGAUUUUUUUGGGAAAAAGACUAGUAGUAGUAACACCACUUCAGAGACAAAGAUUGAUGAGGCUGAAGUCAGUGAGAAAACUGAGAUGCAUGAUGGAAGGUUAAGGAGGAAAGCUAUCUUCAAGGACAGCAUAAAGAAGAACCCCAGCUUGAUGCAGAUUGUGUAUGGAGCAUCAGCUGCUAACAAUGAAAUUGUGUGUAAUGGAGAGAUAAAGAACUGGAACGAGAAACAAGUCUGUGAGAGCAUUCGUGAUCGAUUCACCACUGGUGACUGGUCAAAAGCUGAUGAGAGGAAUCAAAACGAUCACCUUCAUGGUGAUUUUGAGGAUCUAGAGACUGGAGAAAAGCAUAAUGAUGAGAAUAUGGAGUCGGAUGAUGCUGAAGAAGUUGAGCGUGGGCUUAAAAAGCUUGCUCAACGAGCAAAGUUUGACGAAAAUGUGAACAAUCAGGACAAGGAACCACAAGGAUACGUUGACAAACUGAAAGAGGAGGCUGAAAUCAGAAAACAGAUGAAUAUGGCAGCACUCAAUGAUCUUGGCGAGGAUACUCGGAUUGAGAUAGAAGGUUUCAGGACUGGAUCAUACUUGAGGCUAGAGAUUCACAAUGUUCCUUAUGAGAUGGUUGAGUUCUUUGAUCCUUGUCAUCCAGUUCUUGUUGGAGGUCUUAGCUUCGGAGAGGACAAUGCCGGAUACAUGCAGGUUCGGUUGAAGAGACAUAGGUGGAACAAGAACGUACUAAAGACGAGAGAUCCCAUCAUCGUGUCUGUCGGAUGGAGACGAUAUCAGACGCUUCCUGUGUACGCCACUGAAGAUGAAAACGGCAGACAUCGAAUGCUCAAGUACACUCCAGAGCAUCAGCACUGUCUUGCUAUGUUAUGGGGUCCUCUUGUCCCACCAGGAACCGGCUUUGUCGCCUUCCAGAACCUGUCAAACAAUCAGGCAGGGUUUAGGGUCACAGCGACUGGUGCAGUCCUCGAGUGUAACCACCAAGCACGUAUCGCAAAGAAGAUCAAGAUGGUCGGACAUCCUUGCAAGAUCAUGAAGAAGACUACGUUUAUCAAAGACAUGUUCACUUCCGACCUUGAAAUAGCUCGGUUUGAAGGUUCUUCUGUUCAGACAGUUAGUGGCAUUAGAGGACAAGUGAAAAAGGCUGCGAAAAACAUGCUUGAUGGCGGCAACAAGGUGCAAGAAGAAGGGAUUGUGAGGUGUACUUUUGAGGAUAAGAUCCUAAUGAGCGACAUUGUCUUCUUAAAGGCUUGGACCAGAGUGGAAGUUCCAAAGUUUUACAAUCCUUUAACUACAGCGUUGCAGCCGCGAGAUAAGACAUGGGAAGGGAUGAAGACUUUCCUCCAACUCCGCAGAGCGCAAAACAUUCCUCUUGCUGUGGACAAGGAUUCACUUUACAAGCCAAUCGAAAGGAAGCUGAGAAAGUUUAGUCCAUUGGUGGUUUCAAAGAGCUUACAAGCAGCUGUACCGUUUGGAUCCAAACCCAAAGACAUACGGAAGCGGAAGAGACCAUCACUAGAGACUAAGAGAGCUGUUGUAAUGGAACCAGGAGAACGAAAAGCUCUUGCUAUCCUCCAGCAUUAUAAGCUAAUGCACAAAAUCAAGACAAAGAAGAGAAAAGUCAAGGAGCAACAGAAGAGGAAAGUUUAUGAGGCUGAGAAAGCUAAGAAUGAGGAAAUGUCUAAGAAACGGAGGAGAGAAGAGAUACAUGAGAGAUGUCGUACGGAAGAUCAACAGAAGAAGAAGAUAAGAAGAAGCCACCAAGAUUAG